ACAUUCAAUUUGAUUUGCAAGGCAGAGGCAUUUACUAUCCCAGAGGCCUGACAUAUGACCGAUAAAGAGGCAACUGUUUCUCCUUCUCCUGAAGGAAUUUAUCCAAGAGGCCGGUUUCUACGAAACAUGUUCUCUUAAAAAAAUGCUGGUUUGAAUCCUGUCAACAAGGGGGUUUCAUGCAAGAAUCAUAAGACUUAUUUUUUCUCGAGAAAAGUGUAUGCAUCAGCACACAGCUGGGGCUGAACUUUGUCCUACCUCCAGAUAGAAAAACAACAGGCACAGUAUAAAAGGGGGGCGCAGUGGAGGAAGAGACUUGUUUUUGUUCAAGGAGCGGCAGCAACGCGAGCUGAGCGGAGGGAAGGAAACUUUUAUACCAAAGGAUCUGGGCAGUGCUCCACGGGGAUGUGGGCGUGCCUCAGUCUGCUCAUCACUCUCUGCCUGCUCCACGGGGGCGGUGCGGAGAGUGAUGGGGGUGGGCCUCGGUGUCAGCCGCCUCCGUCCUGGAAGAUAGGGGAUGUGGAGCCGAUGAAAGGCACGAUGGGCCGGGUGACGGUGGUGGUCCUUUUACAGGCCAGCUGAUUGUUCUGCUUGGUGCAGGCUUCCAGAAUGGACGGCCUGCGCCAGAAGCUGGAGAAUCAGGGUCUGAAGGACGUGGCCUACAUGGUCGUCAACCAGCAGAGGGAGCAAGCACAGCGGCUGCACGCCAUGCUGGCACAGAGACUGUCUGUGAACAUCACGCUCUACAACCAGAGCGACCAGCAGCCUGAUGUCUGGCAGGCACUGAGCGGAGAGAAGGACGACUUUCUCGUUUAUGACAGGUGUGGCCGUCUCACCCACCAAAUCUCUCUUCCCUACUCCAUCAUCGGUCAAGGCCAUGUCGAGGGCGCGAUCAAAGAGGCCUACUGCAGUCGCACAUGUGGGCAAUGCGCGCACGAGAGCGUUGAGACACUAGAGGAGUGCACACCAAAAGCAGACACAAAGCCUGAAGCAGACACUCCCCUGGCUGCGGAAGAAGACGCCGGGCGCGGUCGCCAUCACCAACAUCACCAACAUCACCACGGUCAUGGCCACCAUGGGGACAACCAUGGCGUUCACCCUCAUGGUCGUCACCAUGGUCAAGACCACGAUGGUGCUGGCCAGCAAGGUGUAAGACACCAGGGGCACGAGCGAGAUGGUAGGAUAGCUCAUAUGCAACACAAUUACGAAUUAGGCCAGAUGCAGGAGGCGGUGUACAUACACCAGAUGCAACAGGAUGCCCCCAGGGCCAAUAUGAGGCCUUGAGCACAAGAGAUGUCCAAGUGAAAGUCAAAGCACAGCUGACAGUGGACAGCAGGCUCUGACAGCGACGCCUCUCCUCAGGCCAGCUGAUGCUGACACUGACGCAGACUGUUUGCCGAGGUGGGGAGCGAGCAGCCGCUCGGUCUGUGACGCUGUGACGAGGCGCUGCCCGCCUCCUGACAGUGACACAAACUGACGGGCACUGUCAGGGAGACCUGACAGUGACGCUCGCCCCCCGCUGACUGACAGCCGCGACCUCAGCCAGCCCGAUGAGCCUGACCCGCCGGUGUGAGCUGAAGAUGAGAUCAUAGUCAGCUGUAAGCUGACUCGUAUUAAGACCUUCCAGAAACACCGGGGCCAAGUGCUCUUUUAUGCCAACUAGUAUUACUCUGGGAAAGGGCGGGGCAACCCCUGACAGCAUGCAUGUGGGAUAGAUGAACACGAGUCCAACCUCACACCGAUAAAGAUUCAAUAAUGCCAACGAUUUGGCAGCUUGUUAACUCAUUCGACGACAAAGAUAGGCAAAUAAUUGGAUUGUGCCUUAAAGAUGAUAUGCCGUGUUUCACCUGUCUUCCAUGUGUGUGUCAGCGGGAUGCCCUCAUCCUUUCUCAGGAGUGCAUGUGAUUGUCAUGUUCCCAAAUGGCCCUCCUCCAUUUGGCUCUCUCCAUCCUUUAUGAAGCCAGGUGCAGAAACUAAGCUCUAGUGGCGUCUGUAUGAAGUCAGGCAGGAGAGAGAGGAGAGGGUAGUUCAGGAACACGAGAAACACGUUAAACAUUUGAAAGGGAAGUAUUGGAGAUUAUGUGAGGAAAUAGAAGAAGAAAAAAGAACAACGUAGAGAAUCUGCAAAAAGAGAUCCAAAUAAAAUCAGAUUGUGUGAAUUUAUUGAAGAAGGUUGCAGUCAAUGCCAACAUUUUUUGUUAGUGAAACCUAAAAAGCACUGGUCCGUUAGUGGGGAAAAAAAGAAUCCUCACAACAUAUAAAAAGUUUAUACCACUGUGUGUGUGUGUAGCGCACGCUAUUGAUCAUUGUUCUUGAGCACAUAUAAUUGCCAUGAAUUACUUUAUUCUUUGUUUUGUUCUUAAAGCCUGCACGCUUAAACAUGUAUCAGGCGUAUCUUUAUCCACGAACAUGCACAUUUAAUAUGCAGAGUGCUGAGCAUUCCUUUUCAAGGGACAAAAGAAAAAAAAUACAAGACUCUAUUGUUUGGAAAAUGGCAGAGAGAAAAUGAGAGUGAAGCGAUGUUGGAAUACACUCUGUACUCAAUGAUGGUUUCAGCGGGAAGAUUAAACGUCACCCUGAAAACCGGAUGCUUGCACAGAGAACUGUAUUGUGUUGAGGCUGUCAAACAUGGAUACUGAGAGUUGAAUAAAGAUGGUUGAGUUAC